AUGCACCCAUAUCAAUACGAUGUGGACUGGAUGGCGGUUACGAUCAGUUUAACUGAUCUUAACCAGCUGUUCGAUAGGUCCACCAUUGUCCAAAUGGCGGGCGCUCGUCCGCCGUUCAAGGAUGACCCAUUCUAUAAGGAAUGGAUUACGGUUGUGAGCCAACCGUUCAUACUGAGCAUCCCGCCGAGUCGGGGUGUUAGAGAGGGGAUCAUUGAGGGAUUAUAUAGGGACCAUGGAAUAAUUGUGCGGGGGAGUGACAGCCCUAAUAGCACGAUUCAGGGCAGACAGCAUGUGGCGUUGGAUACCCUGAUUGGGACCUUGUCGGAAUGCGUUGAAGGGGGAAUGGUUAGGAUAGUGCAGUACGGGAUGAAGGCUUACUGGGAGACCAUGGCAGCGAAGGAUGCGGUCUACGAGAGUUCAGGGGGCCGGUCGAAUACCUUCGACAUAGGAUUGAUGAUCAGGAGCAUGGAUAUCCCGGUGCUGAGGGGACGAGAUGAGGCAGGGGAUGAGACGUUCCCAAUGUUCGGGCCCUUGGGGAAGGGAUUUGGGAGUGUAAGCUUCGAUGAGGGCCUAGUUUCAGUGACAGUGUACCCAAGAAUCGUACAUGCUCUCAAAGCCUACGCAUCGAAUAUAUCGAUGAAGACUCCGAAGGUGAUGAGGAGUUUGAGGGGACGGAAGGAAACCUUGGGGGGCCUGAGGCGAUGGUUAAGAGGGAAUAUGGGGAAGUUGGGGGGAGUCAGGAUUGAGGCUAGAGUGCAAGCCCCUACCGUAGCAGCGGCGAUUAAGGUGGUGGAGGGCCUCAAGAUCCUUGACCUUGAGACGGUGGUUGGAAUCCUGGGAGAAGAAUCGGUUCGACUAGUACAGGUGGAAGACUACCUUCGAAACCUGGAUGAGAUCUGGAUAGCAGCAAAGGAGCGCGUAUUCAGAGGCAGUCGAGACACCCAGGCGGUAACACCUGAGCAAGCCCAGCGAUUCAGAGAUGUGCUCAACGCUUUCGGGUUCAACCCAGGCUGGAGGAAAAGGCAGGCACCUACCAUUACCAAAGAUGGUGCCUGGUGGUUGAGCCCGGAGGCUGGGCUACCACCUGCGGUUGAGCAGGAUCCCCGAGCGGAGUUGGAGGAGUUGUACAGUCAGUAUGGGGCACAGCUUAGAUGCGAAUGUGGAGGAAGCAUAUUCCAUAAGGUGGGGGGGAAGAAGGAGUUCAGAUUGAGGUGCGCCAGAUACACCCAUGCAUUGUGUAGUGAAACCUGGAGGGCAAACCAGAUAAGGGAUAGGAUUGAGGAAGUGAUUAGGGUACACCGGGAAGCUGAGGAUAGGGAAGCUCAAGAGAGGGAGGCAGCCCAGCAGCGAGAGGCUGGAGAUUCAGCAAGACGGGACCAAGUGGCAGAGGCCAAGGAGGAUAUCACAGCAAGGGCGAAGUUCAGGAAGCAUAGUAGGGGGGAGCGGUGGAAUUGGGUACGAGGUUCAGGAUUAGUGGGAAGUACCUGGUAUGGCAGCAUAGAGGAAUGUGUGGAUGCAAUCUGGGAGGAGUUUGGGGAGAAUUGGGAGCAGCAUGUAAUGAUACGAUUGUAA